GUGAGAGAAGGAAGCGGCAGUCCCCUGGCAUACGGAGCUGUCUGAAAAUCAGGGAUGAAUGUUAAAAAGAGAGCGUAUUUAGCGACACUCCUGGCCCCGAAGAAAGGAACUGAGGCGACACGAAUCCCCUGUCCAACACCCAGAAGACGAGAGACGAGUGCCAGGACCGCCAGCAGCUGUUAGGCGCUUUUUGGUGACGCGGCCGCCGCGCGCAGACGCGCUGACGGGCCGUGGCCUCCACGUCUCAGGUUGCGCAAAGGCCUGUGGGAGCGACCGGGAGGAGGGCCAGGAUGGCAGAGGCGGUGGAGUCUCCAGGAGACCCGGGGACAACAACGUCCAGGCCCCUGUUUGCAGGCCUUUCUGAUAUAUCUAUCUCACAAGACAUCCCUGUGGAAGGAGAAAUCACCAUUCCUGUGAGAUCGCGCAUUCGGGAAUUUGACAGCUCUACAUUAAAUGAGUCUGUUCAGAAUACCAUUAUGCGUGAUCUAAAAGCUGUUGGGAAAAAAUUCAUGCAUGUUUUGUACCCAAGGAAAAGUAAUACUCUUUUGAGAGAUUGGGAUUUAUGGGGCCCUUUGAUCCUUUGUGUGACACUUGCAUUAAUGCUUCAAAGAGGCUCUGUAGAUAGCGAAAAAGAUGGAGGGCCCCAGUUUGCAGAAGUGUUUGUCAUUGUCUGGUUUGGUGCAGUUACCAUCACCCUCAACUCAAAACUUCUUGGAGGAAACAUAUCUUUUUUUCAGAGCCUUUGUGUGCUGGGAUACUGUAUACUUCCCCUGACAAUGGCACUGCUGGUUUGCCGGCUGGUACUUUUGGCUGAGCCAGGACCAAUAAACUUCAUGGUCCGGCUUUUUGUGGUGAUCAUCAUGUUUGCCUGGUCUAUAGUAGCUUCUACAGCUUUUCUUGCUGAUAGCCAGCCUCCAAACCGCAAAGCCCUUGCUGUUUAUCCUGUUUUCUUGUUUUAUUUUGUCAUCAGUUGGAUGAUUCUCACCUUCACUCCUCAGUAAAUGGAAGUUAAAAACCAGGGAAUUCAAAACUCACCUCAGAGAUGCAGUUCACCAUGAAGCUUUGCCUCUGGCCCUCUUUUGUCUAUUUUGGAGUUACUUGGUAACUGGGUGUGUGAGGUGAUUAUAAAGGAGCCAUAAAGCACCAUCACCAUUUAUGUAAGGAACUAAUGUUUGAAAAGCUGUCCUUUCCCUCUUAAUGUUAUUUCUUUAAAAUAUGUGUGCAUAGUACACAAAAUAUAAUGCCUCCUAAGGCAUGAUGGGAUCACUGUGGUUCAUUUGGGUGACAGCCAAUGACUUGGAAAGCAACAUGGAUUCAUUCUGCAAGUUGAAUAGAGUUGGUAACUAUAUUUUCAGUUUUGAGAAUACCAGUUCAGGUGCAGCUCUUAAACAUAUUGCCUUAUGACUAUUAGAAUAUUCUUCUCUUUUCAUAAAUAAGAAGGGAUAGUCUGUCUAUUUUAUUUCUCUUAAGCUUAAAAAGACAAUGACAGAGGUUGGGAAGGGGGUUCAUAGAUGUGGGAGGAGAAAACAUGCACUAACCAAAAUUCAGAUUUUGAUUAGAGACAAUUCUGAACUUGUUGCUUAAAAAAAAAAGAACAUC